AUGCCUGGCUAUAAAUUGACAUCUGACACAUUGUUUAAAUUAGUCGCUCAUACAAAUAAUAGUAGUAAUUCUCGUAUUACAACAACACCAACAACAAUAGUCACAGAGUCACUUACAGAUAAUGAUAGUAUUGACUUAGCAUCAAUCUAUACAAAUGGUACAACAACAUCGUCUAAUUUAAAUUUAAGUGAAACGGAUUUACGUACAUUAUGGACACUUUUAUCUCAUAUGAUUCGUCAUCGUCUCUUAAAACAUGAACCAUGUCUAUUACCUGAAUUAGGAGCAUUUGUAAUUAUUGAUCAUCCACCAACCGAAGAUGAUUAUACCGUAUCCACAAAACAAUUAUCAUCAAGACGAUUAUCAUCAAUUAAUAAUCUAUUGACUAAAGAACCAUUUUUUGUUUUGGAUACCACAUUUGCUAGACGUCAUCGCUUGUCUCGAAUCAAAAAGCCAACAUUAUCAUCAGCACUCUCACUUUCAUUACAACAUUCAGGUAAUUCUACAAUAAUAGAACCAAACACGACAUUAUCAUCAUUUAAUAUGCAAACAAUUGAUUAUUUGAGUUUAGUUGAAAAAUCGGGUUUAACUGGCGAGCAAUUACGCUAUUCUAUUCAACAAAUAUUUAGUAUUAUUGAUAAAGAAAUUCAUCCACAUCAAUAUUGUGAUAUUGAAUUUGAUGGUUUGGGCUAUUUUCGAGUUUUAUUCGGAUUAGGAAUAUUUGAAUUUAGUGAUGCAUUUUUAAAUGAAUUUCGUUCAACGUUGAUACCACCGACGUUGACAUUAGAUCAAACAGCAACAUCUUAA